GUGAGUUGGUGCCCAUGCUUGUCACUGCUUUGUCAUUUUUCAUUGUUAACCUUGCAAUGAAAUUCUAAAUUUAUUUACAAAAUACUUAGUUGUGCUCGUAAUUAAAAUUAGUGUGAGUGAUGACGUCCCCAUUAUUAUUGUCAGACUGCAAGAAGGCAGUUUCUGAUUUAAAAAGCCUGAGUAACGACGAACUGGACAAGAUAAUGAACGACGAGGAAAAAAUCGAAAACAUUCUCUCAUCCUUAGAUCAGUCAUAUUUGAAAGAAAUUGAAACGCAAAAAGAGCGCCUGUUAGAGAGUAACAGAGCCCUUGCUGAGGAGAAUUUAUCGCGAGAGCCUGAGUUAGUAGAAGGACGUGAAAAAUUGCAAGAAUUGAGCGAACAAGCCGAACAGUUAUCGAAAUCAGUUGAGGAGAAAGUGAAACAAAUAAAGAAUAAAAGUGGCGAUCUCUCCCUUGAGACGUCACUAGCUUUGCUACAAACCGCCGCCAGUGAGAUGGAGGAAAAGUCCGAUAAACUUGUAAAGUCGUUUUUGGAAAACGAAAUAGAUUUAGAGAACUUUCUGGACGAGUUUUUGACCAAAAGACGCCAAGUCCACUUGAGGUUGAUUAAAGCCGAACAGUUGUCGAAAAUUAUUUCAAGGGGGCCCAUGGGGGGCACGUCAAAUUAUGUCAACGCGCCUGCAAUUCCCAUUAAUAGUAAUUAUUUCCCGGGGGUUCCCAGCCAGAACGUGCCUUACCCGACAGGGCCCAUUGGCAUGCCCAUGCCGGGGCUGAAUUAUUUCCAAAACCAUUUUUAAGUGUGAUAAUAAAUGCAUAACCCUCACCCCGUUUACUGAUAAAUAUAUAUCGAAGUUUAUGUAUUGUAUAAAUAAGAGAAAACUAUUUUAGUGUUAGUUAAUAAAUGAAACAAAUAA